AUGAUGAUAAAUGCUACAGAGAUUACACAUUUCACUCUAAGUCCCUACUUUGACACUGGUGCAUACAGAUACUUGUAUUUGCUCAUUAUUCUAACUUCUUAUGCUGCAAUUAUUUGUGCUAACCUCCUGCUGAUUGUGGUUAUCUGUGUGAACAGAAGCUUACAUGAACCUAUGUACAUGUUUCUGUGCAGCCUGUUUGUGAAUGAGCUGUAUGGUAGUACAGGGCUGUUUCCGUUCCUCCUGCUUCAGAUCCUCUCUGAUGUUCACACUGUUUCUGUUUCAUUUUGUUUCCUGCAGGUUUUCUGUGUGUACACUUACGCUUGUGUGGAGUUUAUAAACUUAGUCGUCAUGUCUUAUGACAGAUAUUAUGCCAUCUGCUGGCCUCUUCAAUAUAAAUCAUGUAUGACACUUAAAACAGUCACCACGCUGAUUUCUCUAACGUGGUUAUUACCUUUUAUUAUGAUUGUUGUGCUUAUAUCUUUGAGUGCUCCUCUACAGCUCUGUGGAAACGUCAUCAAUAAAGUCUUUUGUGGAAACUACGCCAUCAUUAAACUGGCCUGCUCUGACACCAGAGUCCAUAACAUCUUUGGACUCAUUUACACUUUCAUCUCUGUCAUUAUUCCUCUUGUUUUAAUCCUGUACACCUACGUGAGGAUCCUGAAAGUCUGUUUUUCUGGCUCCAAGCAGACCCGACAGAAAGCCGUCAGCACCUGCACGCCUCAUCUCGCCUCCAUCUUGAACUUUUUUUUCGGUUGCUGUUUUCAGAUAUUACAAAGCAGAUUUGAUACAAGUGGUGUGCCGAAUGUUUUUGGCAUUUUAUCAUCAUUGUACUUUCUGACAUGCCAGCCGCUCUUCACACCACUACUGUACGGGCUGAAAAUGACCACAAUACGCAUUGCAUGUAAACAGCUGUUUUGUGGUCCACUGACACGUGAGCAGGAGGGCGGGCAGGUGGGUGUGAUCUUCAGCUUUGACAGGUGGAAAGCGCCUGAUGUCCUUACUGGUGAGCGGCAGCGUGAGGCGAACGGAGGAGUGACAGAGGGUAUCUCUGCUGCAUGUGACAUUAUCCACUCUCCUCCCUCCCCCUACUGGUUCUCCCGGAUGCUCCAGAACCCUUACCCAAGACUUAAGCUCAUCUCCUGGACUUCAGAUGACCCACGUUUCCUCUGGAAAUCUCUCUGUGCCUCACCUGCCUGUCCUCCUGCCAUCACACUCCCUCAGAACGUACAGAACUCAAGCCAGUCAUCUCACACCGUCUAG